UUUCAUCAAACGACAAUGAAAUACCAUUUUUCUUUUUCUCAGAAGAAAAGAGAAGAAGUUGAUCUGAUCGCUUUUCUUUCAUUCAUUUCAUAUCAGAGAGCCACCGCCGGCCGCCAUAUCGUCACCGUCUGCGUCUUUCGCCGUUCAUAUCCUACCGUUGAUCGCAUUUCUUAUAGUCAAGGUGUAGUAAUGGAGGUUGUGAACAGAGUAGUGAACGCUGCAACGAGAGCCGCCAACAGUAACACGGUGCUAAAUGUGUGUUUGGUAGGGUCGUUCGUGGUGCUUAGCGUAAGGUCGAUGAACCAGCAGAAGGAUAUUGAAGCCCUAGAGGCUCAGAAAGAUUCUCUAAUCAACUCUAAUAAGCUCCUCAAGAAAUCUAUUUGGGAAUGGAAGCAAAAGCUCUAUGCUGAGGCUGAGUCUGAUUCCCCUUCGGUACCUCUUUCUCGCCUUAAAGCCAUCUAUGGUGAAGCUCCCGUUCCCCAAAAUGCAGGUAAUGCAUCAAAGGAAGAAGCUAAUUCUACUGCCUCAAAGUUUGUAAUAUAAUCUUAUUCUUGCCAUUCUUCAACAGAAGAACUGUUGAUAUUUAGAUUCAGUGGAAGAUUUUGUGUUGCCUUUAGAAGUCUCAUACGCAUUACAUGGAGGUUGGUAUUGCUGCUUACUUAGGUCUUGCAUAGUGCUUAUUAACUCUUUCAUCUGAAAAGCUUAAACCUUGUUUUGGGUUUCGAAAAGAUAUCAAAACCAUCAUUGUGAAAAAGGUAUGCUGGCUGUUUACAUGAGAGACUUUGUUUGCUAUAUAAUUUGAUCACAGUGAAAACUGAAAAGGAUUUUUAUUUUCUA